AUGAACUUUAUCCCGUUUCGAGCCCCGUCCCGGCCCGAGGCUGAGUGGUUUUCCGCCGGCCUCGCGUCCUCCUUUCCCGACGUGGGCGACGACGGGGACCUGGCCCGGUUCCGCGCGUGCGAUGCCGGGAUGAAGCCCGGCUGCAAGACCGACAACUCCAAGAGGCAGGAGGUGAACAUCGAGGACGACUCUUACCUCUCCAGCGACGUGGGCCGGGACCUAAAAGACCAGGUGCUCGUCUUUCAGCACCGGGGCAAGUUUCACGCGAUCGACCACGGGAUUCCGUUCGAUAUCGAAGAUUUCGGCAUCGUUCUCAGCGCAGGUCUCACAUGUCCCAAGCACGGCUGGUCCUUCGACGUCCAUUCGGGCAUGUCUGACCGUGGACACUACAAGCUUGGGGUGUGGGAGGUACAGCUGCGUGACGUGGCUGGAGACGCGGCGGAGAGCACGGAACAGGAGGUUUGGGUCAGGAGAAAGCAGAGAAUGGGCUGA